CCUCCUUUCCCUUACCACCUGCUACCCACCUACUCAACAAACCAUGCGGACUUGCCAAAUACAAUGUCCAAACUUCGAAUACGAACCACUUGGGUCUAGAUCAAUUCGCAUACUUCAGCUCCUACCCGGCAGACCAUCAGAUCCCCUCUAUGGCUAUCUCAUUACCACCCCGAUAGAUGAUAACGCCGUCAACUAUGACUGCCUGUCGUACAUGUGGGGUGACCCGACUCCCAAAGACAGCAUCAUCCUGUCUGGUAAAGCACUUCCCGUAGCGGAAAACCUAGCGAAUGCUCUCUACCACCUGCGACAUGUCAAGGAAGCCCUCACGAUAUGGAUCGACGCCAUAUGCAUCAACCAGCAAGACUACUCUGAGCGCGCUGAGCAGGUUGCAAUGAUGCGGCAAGUUUACCAGCGAGCAAAUCUCGUGAGAAUAUGGAUCUACGGCCCUACAAUCGAUGCGUCAGACGAUGCCGUUAUAGCGCUACAGAACUACGACAAAGCCAGUGACGACCCAGUUGAAGGUAUGGGUCCGGACCCUGCUUUCUGGGACCCCGUGAUCCCCAUAUUCAGCAACUCAUAUGCCUGCGUACGCCGUUUGCUCCUAACGCAACACUCAACUUCGGCCACAAGUAUCCCAUGGAGGGCUCAAUUGAGUCGGCUCAUUGCAAACAGCGCGCCUGCCGCGCAUAUCGCAGUAUACAAGAUCAACGAAACUAUUAUCUUGCUUUCUCUUCUCAACAGCUGCAAAUACCUCAACGUUACCGACGAGCGGGAUCGUGUAUAUGGCAUCAUGCACCUUGCAAAGGAUUACCAACAAGGGAACAUUAUCCCGGACUAUACAAAGACAGUUAUUGACGUUAGUAUCGAUGCAUUAGACCACCAUAUGACACGGCAUCAAACAAUGGAUUUCCUGUGCUACAGGCAUUCAGCGCGAGAUGACAGUUUCGACAAUGAUAGCCCGACUUGGCUCCCACAGUGGUUGUCGGGGCGCGAGGAGACUGGCCGAAAAAUGCAGUAUCGUUUUCCCAGCAUGAUGGAUACGAAAUGCCCUCCAGACUCUUUGUCCGCGGAUAGGAGGUGUCUCCGGCUCCGGGGUAUGAAGAUUGACAGCGUGCGGAGGUGCGUGAACGCCGGCUCAACCGGCUUGAUCUCGUCGAAGCAGUUCUGGGAGUCUUCGAUCGGGCUGUUCAUCCAAGAUAUUGCGGGUCCAAGAAUGGCAGAACUACCCAGAGCUAUGUACGAUGUGCUUAGCUCCGGCUACACCUCCGACGAGCGCCCGAGCUACGAUGCUACCGUUGCGGGACUUUUAGCUUUCCGUAACCUUUCCGAAAAUGUGCAACAUGCAGAUCGAGAGCUGGGAAGUUUCGGAGAACACAUGCUGGACCCGUCAGGAGGCCUUGAUGAUGCCACAAAAGGAGCAAUACGCCGAAUGCUCUGGAGCCUUGAUGAGAGAAUGGUCAUUCUGACUGAGACGCAGGAGGUUGGUUUGGUUCCCGCCUGUAUUGUGUCGGAAGGAGACGAGAUUUGGAUCACGCUGGGUUGCCCGGUCCCCGUAAUUUUGAGGCCGCAUCUUGGGGGUUACCGGCAUAUCUGUACCGCGUACAUUCCAGGGCUCAUGAGAUCUCCAACUAUCCAUGAGCUAAAGAGCGAUGCCCGAGAGGGAGAUACAUGUGGGCUAUGGACGGUGACAGAUAUUGAGGUCGUUUAGGC